UUGAGAUAGAAGUUUCUAACCUAUGAGCUUCUAGAAAAAGAUUUUCCGUGUAGAACAGCAGACCCAAAAGCAUCCGACGAUGGCACAACGGUUCCCUCAGCCUGGAGGAUCAUCCCAACGGCAUGGCUACGCACCCGGCGCAAUUGGUCCGUCCGUGAUGCGUCCGUACGGCCCGGCUGCCGGCUUUGGAGCGAGAGGUUAUGUGUCGCACCCCCAUCUGGGCGCGCCACCGCAACCCAGUCAAAUGCAUCACCAGCGUCCGUUACAUAGUGGUUUUCCGGGAAGUAGCAGUGGCAGUGGAGUGAUUCGUGGUUCAUCCGUGCCUGGCGUUUCUACGGGAGGAAAACGAACUGGCGAUCGUAACUUGACGGGUCAUCAGAAGCAAUAUGGCGAAUUUCAGGCAAAGCGACGGAGAAAACUAGGGGAUAAAAUUUUGCCACAGAAAGUGCGCGAGCUUGUGCCGGAAUCGCAGGCCUACAUGGAUUUGCUGGCGUUCGAACGGAAACUUGAUGCGACCAUCAUGCGCAAACGGCUAGAUAUUCAGGAGGCUCUGAAGCGUCCAAUGAAACAGCGGCGCAAGCUUCGCAUUUUUAUCUCGAAUACUUUCUAUCCGUGUCGGGAGUCGGACUUUGAAGGUCACGGUGCAUCGUGGGAGUUGCGGGUCGAAGGACGCCUGCUUGAAGACGUAAAACCGGAAGCGGGAAAGAUGAAGCGGAAGUUCAGCAGCUUCUUCAAAUCGCUUGUAAUUGAGCUAGACAAAGAGCAGUACGGUCCGGACAAUCAUUUGGUUGAGUGGCACCGUAUGCACCAGACGCAGGAAACGGACGGCUUUCAGGUGAAACGGCCAGGCGACCGCAAUGUGCGUUGCACAAUUCUACUGUUGCUCGACUAUCAGCCGCUGCAGUUUAAACUUGAUCCGCGGCUGGCACGGUUGCUGGGUGUCCACACCCAAACCAGACCAAUUAUUAUCUCAGCGCUUUGGCAGUACAUUAAAAAGCACCGACUGCAAGAUGCGCACGAACGUGAGUUUGUCACGUGCGACAAGUACCUUGAGCAGAUUUUUGGUUGCACACGCAUGAAGUUUGCCGAGAUACCGCAGCGUUUAAGUCCGCUGUUACAUGCGCCAGACCCGAUCGUUAUCAACCAUGUAAUAGCGGUUGAGGGCGUACAGGAAAUGGGAAGCACCAAACAAACCGCUUGCUACGACAUCGACGUUGAGGUGGACGACAGUCUGAAGCAGCAGAUGAGCAGCUUCCUGAUGAGCACGGCAAGCCAGCAAGAAAUACAAACGCUCGACGGCAAGAUUCACGACACCGUAGAGACGAUCAAUGCACUGAAGACGAAUCGCGAAUUUUAUCUUAGUUUCGCAAAAGAUCCCCAAACGUUCACGCACCGGUGGAUCGUAUCACAGCAGCGGGACUUGAAGGUAAUGGCAGAUGUGGUUGGCAACCCGGAGGAGGAACGACGCGCCGACUUUUAUUAUCAACCCUGGACACAAGAAGCAGUGUCGCGUUACUUCUUUGCGAAAGUGAACCAAAAGAGGACCGACCUCAAGCAAUCACUUGGCAUACGAAACUCCUAGGUGGCAGUUACCGUGCAGAUAGUUCCCUUUGCUUGCGUUGAAAGCAGUGAACUUUUGCAAAUGAAAAAUCGUAACAGCGUAACAAAACCAUUUUGUUUUAUAUUUUACCAACCGAUCUACGUUCGAGCUUACUCGCUGAUGUUAUAAUGAUGAAGCAUGAUUGGACUAUAUUGGAAUAUAUUUUUGAAUUAUAGACAGCUAUGUGAGGGAUACUUAAAAAAGAAUUGCAAUGUAACUCAGCUGCAACUUACAUCGAUAGUAGAUAAAUAAUAAAACAACAUAAAAGAUGAACAGAUGAAUAAUCUAAUCUUGCUGUUCUCACUUAAUAGCAUUGGGGAAAAUUACUCAAAAAAACAAGCCACGCAGCACGAUUCAUGUAGUGCUGAAGAAUACUAUUUGCCAUUGAUUGUA